AUGAUGCUGGAAACCAAGCGUUAUGAAAUCAAGGGAAAAUAUGUUCUUUUUUGCGAGACUAGACAUUGUAUACAUAGCGAUACAGUGAAGAAAAAGCAAGGAAGUCGAGAAGUUAAACGCCAAAAUUUGCUUCGAUUACGAAAUACCAGUUGCAAAGCAACAAUUCAUCUUCGGUUAGAGAGUUGGCGCGUUGAACUUAAUCAUCUCCUAGAGGUUAAUAUAAAGUUUACGCACAAUCAUGUAAUUAAUUCGGCAGAAUCGUUAAGCUUUCGUCGUGUCAAUGAAAAAUUCUGCGAGAAGUUCUUGCAACUUUUCAAAGAUGGAUAUUCGCCUGCAUCGGCGAUAAAUGUCCAUGAAGAUGAGUUGUACCUUAGUUCUAUGGAUGAACAGGAUCUAUUAGUUCUACUUGCAGAUCGGGCAAAUAAUCCUGACUACGAUUAUAUUGCCAAGUUAUUUCAAAAAUAUCGAGAAACUUCACUUGGUGAUUGUAAUGGUAGUUUAAUAUUUAGAUGUCUCGUAGAUAUUGUAAACGAAUAUAACAGCUCAGGUCGUGGAAAAGCAAUCCUUCAAGAAUACGAUUCACGUACGGAAAAGGCACUUAUUCUAUGUGUGGUAACUGGAUUAAUGAGUCGCGUGCACGAAAAAAUCCCACAAUCUGGUGAAAUAUGUUAUGUAGAUGUUUCAGCAUCAUUCGAACCUUUAAAUACGUCGAUUACACUUCUUUGUACCAGUUGUGCGGUCGGAGCACUCCCUCUUGGAUUGUUCAUAAUCUCAGAUGAGCUUGAAAUCACACUAGAAAAGGCACUUAACCUACUAAAAUCGAUUCUUCCACACAGGUCGAACAGAUGUCAUUGUCACAAAAUUUGCCUGGAAUUUUUCUGGCAAAUUGAGAAUUAUCCCGGUAAAUUGAGAAUUCCUAAUUCAAAUGUUGAGAAAUUUUUCAGUAAAUUAUCAUUAAAUUGUGGGAAAUUUUAG